CUCCUUCAGACUCCCCGUGGAUCAGCACGUCAGGAUCCUGCAAGAACAGAUGCUUUGAAUUGGACGAGGCUGAACCUCCCAACUGCCGCUGUGACAACUUAUGUAAAACCUAUAACAGCUGCUGCCAGGAUUUUGAUGAGCACUGCUUGAGAACAGAGGGAGGUUUUGGGUGCAGUAAGGAGCGCUGUGGAGAGACCAGGAAGGACCAGCAUGCCUGUCACUGUUCUGAGGACUGUCUGGCCAAAGGAGACUGCUGUACCAACUACAAAACACUCUGUAAAGGGGACACUACUUGGUUGCAGGAUGUUUGUGAAGACAUUAGAACCCAUGAAUGUCCGGCUGGGUUUGUCCGUCCCCCUCUCAUCAUGGUGUCAGUGGAUGGGUUCAGAGCCUCCUACAUGAAGAGAGGAAGCACAGUGAUCCCCAACAUCGAGAAACUCAGAGCCUGUGGUACCCAUGCUCCUUACAUGAGACCCGUGUACCCCACGAAAACGUUCCCCAAUCUCUAUACUCUUGCAACGGGCCUGUACCCUGAGUCCCAUGGCAUCGUUGGCAACUCCAUGCAUGACCCUGUGUUUGAUGCCAACUUUAACCUGCGGGGUCGAGAGAAGCUGAAUCACCGUUGGUGGGGAGGUCAGCCGAUCUGGAUUACAGCAGUGAAGCAAGGGGUGAAAGCUGGCACUUUCUUCUGGCCUGUGUCCAUCCCGUUGGAGAGGAGAGUCCUGACCAUGCUACAAUGGCUUCAUCUGCCAGACGGAGAGAGGUCGUAUGUUUACGCCAUGCACUCCGAGCAGCCGGACACGUUUGGCCACAAGCUGGGGCCCAUGAGCACUGAGCUGAACAACCCUCUGAAGGAGAUUGAUAAGAUAAUUGGUCAGCUGAUGGACGGCCUGAAACAGAUGAAACUCCACCGAUGUGUCAACAUCAUCAUGGUGGGAGAUCACGGUAUGGAGGAGGCUCACUGUGACAGGACAGAGUUCCUCAGCUCAUACAUGCCGUCCACUGUUGAUGACAUCAUCCUGAUCCCGGGCUCCCUGGGCAGGAUCCGCUCCAGGUACCCCAACAACCCCAAAUAUGAUGCCAAAUCUGUUAUUGCAAAUCUUACAUGUAAAAAGACAGAGCAGCACUUCAAGCCCUAUCUGAAGCAGCAUCUCCCCAAGCGCCUUCACUACGCCAACAACAGGAGAAUAGAGGACAUCCACCUGUUAGUGGAGAGGAAGUGGCAUAUCGCAAGGAAGUCUCCAGAAGGAGGAAAGAGGCACCCUGGGAAAUGUGGUUUUGCAGGAGAUCACGGUUAUGACAACAAGAUAAACAGCAUGCAGACUAUUUUCUUUGGAUAUGGACCAAUGUUUAAAUUCAAGACCAAAGUGCCAGUUUUUGAAAACAUUGAACUAUACAAUGUCAUGUGUGACCUGCUUGGCCUGAACCCUGCCCCUAACAACGGGACUCAUGGCAGUCUGAACCACCUGUUGAAGAGCCCGGUCCACAAGCCCACCGUGCCAGAGGAGGUGUCUAAACCCACCAUCUCAGGUCCCAUCAUUACUCUGACCGAUGACUUAGGCUGCAGCUGUGAUGACAAGAACAAAGUGGAAGAGCUUAAUCAGAGACUGAGGCAAGCUGUCGAUGACAGCAAGAACCUCCCUCAUGGUCGUCCUGCAGUUCUGUUCCGUACUAAAUACAGCAUCCUACACCACAGUGACUAUAUCAGUGGGUACAGUGACUCACUGUCUAUGCCCCUGUGGACGUCCUACACAGUCUCUAAACAGGUAGAAGUAACCCCUCUACCAGAGCAUCUGACUAACUGUGUCAGACCUGACAUCCGUAUCCCUCCCGGCUUCAGCCAAUCCUGCUCCAACUACAAGGCGGACAAACAGAUCUCCUUCGCCUUCCUCUACCCUCCACAGCUGGCUCCGACCCAAGACGGCAAAUUUGAUGCAGUCCUCAUCACUAACACCGUACCCAUGUACCCAGCAUUCAAAAGAAUAUGGAGCUACUUCCAGAAGACUCUUGUGAAGAAGUAUGCCAUGGAGAGAAAUGGGCUCAACUUGAUCUGUGGGCCCAUAUUUGACUACGACUACGAUGGCCUGAGAGACUCGGCAGAGAAAAUUAAACAGUAUGGAAGUGGUUCAGGGCCCAUUCCAACCCACUACUACUGUGUGUUAACCAGUUGUCUGGACUUCACCCAGGCUGAGGACAUCUGUACUGGACCUCUUAGCAGCUCUGCCUUCAUCCUACCACACCGCUCAGACAACGACGAGAGCUGCAGUAGCUCUGAGGACGAGUCUAAGUGGGUGGAGGAUCUGAUGAAGCUGCACACGGCCCGGGUCCGAGACGUGGAGAUCCUCACGGGCCUGGACUUCUACCGUCGGACUAGUCGGAGUUACCCUGAAAUCCUCUCACUGAAGACUCACAUGCACACGUAUGAGAGCGAGAUCUAAACCACUGUCUCCCUACCCUCUCCUGUCUCCCUACCCACCAUCUCCUGUCUCCCUACCCUCUCCUGUCUCCCUACCCUCUCCUG